AGAAUGAAAUUUAUUAGAAUGAAAUUAACAAAAUUAGAAAUUAAAUUAUACACUUUCGAAUGAAAUUUUGACUAUUAGAAAGUAAAGAACGUAAAAGCCCCUUAUCGGAUUUGAACCGAUGACUUACGCCUUACCAUGGCGUUACUCUACCACUGAGUUAAAAGGGCCGUCUUGGUUUAAUUCCCGACUGAGUGGGUAGGUAAAUAAAAUCUAUCUAUAUAUAUAUUAAAUAUAUAUACAAUAGACGCAUAGUGGUUAGUAGCUCAUUUCGGAACUAGAAAUGAGAAUUUGAAUUUACUUCAAAAUUACUUAACGGGGUAUUUUUUGCUUUUUUAAUAUUGGAUUUGAUAAAUAUCCAUGCAAUGCAUUUUUUUUUGAAAUUGCCUACCGCAUCGAAAUCGAACGAAAUUCAUUUGAUUUAUACAUGUACUCAGCAAGUUGACAUACACCCAAGAUAUUUUAUCUUGACAUGUGAUGAAGAGAUACGGAUUAUCCUCUGAACAAUCAUUUUCUAAAAAAAAAGCAAAUUUUCGAUAACUUAACUUAUAAAUCCACCUUUCUUCUCUAAUUAGAAGAUGGAUUCUGGCUGACUUUCUUGGAUUAGUGUUAGACAGGGAUACUACUAUUUCUUAACAAUGAGACGAGGCAAUCUAUGAAGGAAAGUAAAAAAAAAACGAAACUUAACCCUCGUUUUUCUUUUUUUUUUGUUAGACCAAUCACUUCUUGAAAAGAUUCCGUACUAGAACUAGACGAUUUUUAGAUUUUUUUUAUUUAAUUAUUUAAUAUAAAAUUUCCACUUCAAAUAUAAAAAGAAAAUAUAUCGAUUUGUUAUAGAAUUAUGAUUAGAAUAUGAAUACAAAUGUAAAAUAAAAAAAUGAUAUAGAAUUCUAUAGAAAAACGAAAAAACCUUAUAAGCUAGUCAUACCAUUUCAUUAUAUUGACAAUUUUAAAAAACUGAUCAUACUAUGAUCAUAGUAUGAUGGCGGUUGAGCAAGUAUGCCCCCAUCGUCUAGUGGUUCAGGACAUCUCUCUUUCAAGGAGGCAGCGGGGAUUCGACUUCCCCUGGGGGUAGGGUACUACGAAAGGAAGUUGAUCAUGGAUUAUCCAUAACGUUAGAAUAGAUUCUUCCUGGGUCGAUGCCCGAGCGGUUAAUGGGGACGGACUGUAAAUUCGUUGGCAAUAUGUCUACGCUGGUUCAAAUCCAGCUCGGCCCAAUAAUUAGCUGUCUACAUAACCCUUUUUGUUUUGCAUAAAUGACAGAGAAGGGUAAGAAAAAAGGUCAAAUUUCAGGGUAUAGUUCGACUUUACUUUUGUCUUUAUUUCUUGUGUUUAGUUACCUUUUUUUCCAUAAAAAAUUCCGAUCUUCAUCUUGCUAAGGAUUCCGAUAUGGAUCCUUUAAAUAGAAACUUUAAUGAACAGAGUCGAGAAAAUAAUCUAUUAAAAAAAAAAAAUAGAUUAUCAAUUGAUUUGAUAAUAAUGCAAGGAUUACCCAGUAAUCCGUCUUGUUCUCACUAAAGUGAUAUCCAUAUAGAUAUCAAUAUAUCACUUGUGACUUUCUUUGUUACAAAACAAAAAUUUGAUUUUAAAAUUGAAAUGAUUAAAAUGAAAUCAUAAGAAGGAAUAUGUAAGCUACCCACUUGAUUUCCAUGGGAUUGUAGUUCAAUUGGUCAGAGCACCGCCCUGUCAAGGCGGAAGCUGCGGGUUCGAGCCCCGUCAGUCCCGGCGGAUUCAAUACAUCAACUCCCCUUUUUGUUUCUGGGCAAGGGGAUGAAAAUAGUUUCGUUUAUCUUUUUAUUUUAUUUUUCUUUUUUCAUAAAGCAAAAGAAAGGGUCGAUUAUUUUAACUAGGGUAGAGAGACAUAUGUAAAUGAAUUAUUGAGAACAUUCAACACUUCAAGAAAGAGAUACUGUAAGGGGUUUCCGCUUUUUGUCAACCGCUCUCCCAUAAAUUUGUGUAGGAAAAUGGAAUAGGAUAGCGUAUAAUACAUUUGCCAAGAGUACCUAUAUAUACUUUUCUUUCUCUGAAGUAAAGGAAUUUUAAAUAGUUCGAAUCCAACCAAGGAAAGAGGUUUUUUUUAUAAAGAUAAAACGUGUCUUCCCUAAUGAAUAUGUGAAUAUGCUCUUUUUAAAGAUUAGAGGCGAUGUCGAAUAAAAAACUCGUAAGAAAAAUUAACGAGUUAAUUUUUUUGAAUAUUUUUGUUUUUUACUGGGACUCGUCUUUGUCACAUUCCCUUUCUUUGUUUUCCAAAAAGAUGAUAAACCCUUUCAAUUUUUUUAUUUCAAAGUGAACUUCGUACUUGUUUUCUCUAUAUUGAUUUCUAUUGUUUAUUUAAGGUUCUUUAGAAACUCUUUUUGUAAAGAAUCGAAGUUUUUUAUGAUACUUCAUCAGAUUAUUGUACAAGGAAAGUAAACUACUAGGUUUUAGAAAGGAAAGCCGGUAAAAAGAAUCAUAAAUAACUUUUUUUUUAUUGGAUCAGGAAUCUCAUUAUGUAUUCGGUGUGGAUAAAAGAUCUUCCUAUGUUAUACUAUUAAAUUCUUGACGAUGAAUCGAUUUUAUAGCUCCGAUAUUGUUAUUCAUGAUAUUUCUUUCAUUCGAUAUCAUCGAAAUCUAAUUCAUCUGAGUGAGUUUACAAGCGAAAGAUUUCUCAUCUCUAUGGGAUUAAAUCCCGAGAUAUUAAAAAAAAAAAA